AUGUUCAUGGCCACCUUUGUCUAUGGCGAACCUGAUAAAUCCAAGAGAGCUGAGAUAUGGAAUGCAAUAAAAGAACAGGCAGCAGGAAGAGAGGCCCCGUGGUUUCUCACCGGAGAUUUCAACGAGAUACUGGACAAUACAGAGAAAUCAGGAGGUCCAACCAGAGCAGAAGGAUCUUUCGUGGAGUUCAGGUCGUUCAUGUCAGAAUGCGAUUUGUAUGAUCUGAGAUACUCGGGCAAUUUCCUGUCAUGGAGUGGAGUUAGAUACAAGCACAAAGUAAAGUGCAGACUAGACAGAGCGAUGGCCAAUAGUACCUGGAUUGAAGCUUACCCUUCGGGAAGAAGUGAAUAUCUGCACUUCGAGGGGUCAGACCACAGACCUAUACUCACUCUGUUCCAUCAAGAUAAAAAAAGGAAGAGAGGGUUAUUCCGGUAUGACAUGCGUCUACGGAAUAACGAAGAAGUAUCGGCGUUAAUAGAAAAAGCUUGGAACACUAACCCCAGAGGAUCGGUUGACCAACGAAUAUCAAGUUGUAGAAGAGCUAUCAUCCAGUGGAGUCGGAAUCACUAUAUAAACAGUCAAAAGAAGAUAGAAGAGAAAAGACGGGAGUUAGAGGAGGCGAUGUCCAAUGAUGAGUGUAAUGACAACGUCAUUUUCCAGAUUAACAAAGAGCUAAAAGAAGCUUACCAAGCGGAAGUAGAAUACUGGAGACAGCGUAGCAGGCAAAUGUGGCUCAGUAUAGGAGAUAAGAACAACAGCUAUUUCCAUGCUGCAACAAGAGGCAGACGAGCAAGAAACAACAUCACGGUAAUAGAAGACGAUGAAGGAAAAACGUUUGUUGAAGAAAAGCAAAUAGAGGAUGUAAUCACUAGCUACUUCCAGAAGAUGUUUACCUCUCAAGCCGGGAAUAGAGCAGAAACAGUGUUCCAAAGCAUUACUCCCAGAAUUUCGGAGGAAACAAACAGACGCCUCAUUCAAAUCCCAACUCCGGAAGAAGUAAACACAGCGAUUUUCUCCAUACACCCAGAUAAGGCGCCGGGACCAGAUGGCUUGUCAGCCAGUUUUUUCCACUCCAACUGGAACACUAUUGGUGCAGGGAUUACAAGCGAGAUUCAACAAUUCUUCAUCACGGGCACACUACCUCAAGGAAUCAACGCUACUCAUCUAUGCCUAAUUCCGAAGAAAACUGCACCAAAGUCAGUGGCUGAUUAUAGGCCGAUAGCGUUAUGUAACGUGUACUAUAAGAUAAUUUCAAAAAUUCUUACCGCAAGAUUGCAUCCACUUCUCGAUGGGAUAUUCUCUGAAAACCAAUCAGCAUUUGUGCCAGGAAGGGCAAUAUCUGACAAUGUCAUGAUAACCCACGAAAUUCUCCAUUUCCUGAAGAUUUCCAAGGCAAAGAAAAGAGCAUCAAUGGCCAUAAAAACAGAUAUGAAAAAGGCCUAUGACAGAGUUGAAUGGGAAUUCAUACGGCUUGUGUUAGGCAGAAUGGGUUUUCAUCCAAAGUGGAUUGGAUGGAUUAUGCAAUGCGUGAGCUCAGUUUCGUUUCAAAUUUUCAUCAAUGGAUCGGCAAAGGGACAUAUAAAGCCAACAAGAGGAAUAAGGCAAGGCGAUCCACUCUCACCUUACUUAUUUAUACUGUGCAGCGAAGUCCUAUCCGGCCUUUGUCAACAGGCACAAGUUAAUGGAAAGCUAGAAGGAGUGAGAGUUGCAACUAGAUGUCCAAAAGUGAAUCAUCUUCUCUGUGCAGAUGACACCAUGUUCUUCUGCAAAUCAAAUGAAAAAACAUGCGAAAGUUUGAAAGAGAUUCUUGGCAAAUACGAAGAAGCUUCAGGCCAAAAGAUAAACUGUCAAAAAUCGGCCAUAACUUUUUCCAAAAAGACUCCUCAAGCAACCAAGAGGAAGGUAAUGAACGCUCUAGGAAUCAAACAAGAGGGAGGUACAGGAAAGUACCUUGGACUCCCAGAAGCAUUUGGAAGAAGGAAGAAAGAUCUGUUCAAUUCGGUGGUGGAUCGGAUCAGACAAAGAGCCCUAUCUUGGUCAUCAAAGCUCUUAUCAAGUGCCGGCAAACUGGUUCUCCUCAAAUCGGUCCUAUCUGCAAUGCCAACGUACUCAAUGUCUUGUUUUAAGCUCCCUGUGAAUCUAUGCAAGAGAAUACAAUCAGUGUUAACACGUUUCUAG